AUGGCUGGAAGGCAACGAGGUGCAUCAACUAAGCUAUACAACUCGUUGUUUAUAGUGGUUUGCCUACUUUGGUGUGCAGCCAGCCAGGCACACAGCGAGGUGGAUCUCCCCCCUUUAGACAAACAUCUAGAGGACUCUAUUGCCACGGACAUGCUAAACAUUGUUGACAAGAAGUUCGAGACUUUAACCACAAGGAUCGCAUCUCUGGAGUCAGCCGUGAACAGUCUGCAGUACUACUCCAUUCGGCAUAUCCGUGAGAUGAGAGGAAGAUUACAGAGUACGGACAAUGACUUGGAGACUGUCAGAAAACAGGUUACCCAGUUGGGAGACGAACAACGAUCACACAAUGCUGUUGUCAGUGUCAUGGCUACUGAUGUGUCAGAGUUGAAAAAGAGCUCAGCUGACCUCCUGGGUGAAUUUGAAUCAAGUGUGUUUUACAUUAACGAAAACCUGGAUAAACAAAACAAGGAUCUCAAGACACUUCUGGAAGACACAGUGAUCAGAAGUUCCCGCGAAGUCACUGAACAGAUUUCUAAGCAACUGGAAGAAACGGUUCAACAAAUGGAACAAUUGCAAGUGAGAAUUAUUCCUUGUCUUAAUCCAGAACCAGCCAGUUGUUCCGUGGAUUUUUCUGGAAUAUCCGAGCACAUUGAUCUGAGGUUCGCCGAAUUCAAGAUGCAGACGCACGCUUACUUUGUCAGGCUCAUCAAUGCAGCUCAGUUGGAUAUUAUAAGCGGCAAGAGAUUCAGUGAUGACGAAAGCAAAGUGGAGGAAACAAAGAAAGAAAAAGACAAGCCUUGCGACUGCAAGGCUGACUCGACGAAGAACAACAGCUUCCGUGCAGAUCGUGCAGAUGACACCGUCGGACAUGCAGCCUACACGUUGGUCAGCAGAAAUGAAAACAUCAGCAGUGCUGAAAAUGUCACAGCUCAAACAGCCCAUGAUGUCCACAGAAAAUACCAAGACGAAAACGAUGAACAGGUUAUGAAUGCGCUCUACAACAUGACCACUAGUGUCUUACAGGCUGUCAACUACUUCCGCAACACUGGGCGAAUGCUAGAGCAGAUUUUAUCCAACACAGACUCGAUUAUCAUCCAGCAGACGGACAUAACUAAAAGAUUCAAUCCAUUGUACCUUGGUGUUUUAAGUUCGACUGAAGACGAUGAAUCUUACCAAAGCAAUAUCAUUCCUGGAGCACAGGGAGCAGAGAAGCGAAUUCCGCUCAAAAGGUUAUCGCCUGUGAAAACUGCAGACGCGGGAUGUUCUUCCUACAAUGAAGUUUUCAAGAACGUCACUGCCAUUAUAAGAAAUGGAAGCCAGCUGCUAGAGGUGCUUACAGAUCUUGCUCAGCUAAGUUCGGUGUCCCUCUCCAAAGUAACAGCUGCUUUACAAGACGAAGUGACUCGUGUAGAAGGCAUCAGAACGCAGAUGGCAACCACCAUGUUGGCCAGGACCAGCGGAGACAAGUCUGACCCUGUUAUUGUAUUGACCAACGUGACCCAAAAGACGCUCAAGCUGGUGGAGGCAGUCGCUUCCAACACUGGGUGGCUUCCUCAAAUACAUCACAACGUACAGCUUCUAGAAUCCAUGACGAAUCGUUCGCUUUACGGAGUUUUGCAAAAUCACGCACUGCUACGACGAAUUCAAGAAAUUAGUCCAAACCAAGAAGAUCCGGUUGCAAGUUUUGGCCGAGACAACAAUAAAACAACUGGACACGGUACUUCUCGGACACAUUCCAACAGACAUAGGUCAUCAAAUAGUGACCUCAACGAGUCAACGAAAGAUGAGGCAGCACUGAACAGAGAAUCAUUGGAAACAAUCUAUAGCACAAGUUUACAGCUAAACAGGAUCAUGCCAGCGCUGACAAAACUCCUGUCAGAGCCAGACCCUCUGAUAACACUGGUAGGAGGUGGCAGGCCCGACCAGGGAAGGGUCGAGAUCUACCACAACGGCCUGUGGGGUGCCUUGUGCCAGCGUGACCUCUCACACGCCGAAGCAGACCUUAUAUGUCGUCAUCUCGGAUUCAGAGGUGGGAUUUCGGCCGGGUCUGGUCACUUUGGUUCUGGGACGGGAGCUUCGUGGAUCUUCAAUGCAUCUUGCCUAGCCUCGCCACAGUGUCCCGUUGUGUCGUAUUCUGACGACACAGCACAGUGCAGUCACGAGUUGGAUGCGGGAGUUAUAUGUGAUCACAUGCUAAGAAUAGUUUCAACUGAUGGAUCAACUAAAGGGAAAGUAGGCAGACUUGAGAUUCAUCACAGG